AUGAUACUAUCUACUCCUGGAUUUAUCGCCCAGCUUCAGGCACUGGUUCUUGAUCCCACACCGCGACCAGGUCUUCAUCCCAUACCAGGAAGCCAACCUCUCACGUUCAGCGCGGCGGUAAUGCCGCCGCUGACUUACUACAUCGCUCUCCUUCUCCUUGCCCCACCACCUCCUCCAAUUGUCGACUCUGUAUAUAUCAAAGUAAUUCGCAAUAUACUUGCUUUGAUUUCCGGAGUCCUCUUCUUCCGUUUACCACUUGCAUACCAUGUCCCUCAGAGCAUCGGGCUUACCUACCAACUUGGUCUCGUCGGCCUUUAUGGCGGGUGUAGGGUGAUAGACGCCUUUUUCAUAAGCCCCUAUUUCUUCAAGCACAUUCCCCGACGAGUCAAGUACGUACAUAAGCCGAGAGUUGAAAUAUCUGCGCCCGCAGAGGCUAUCACAGCGAGAGCAUGGUCCGACGGAGGAGUCAAGGAGCCGUAUUCGCAUCAGGAGAGAGCCAUAGCCAGCGACGAAAUUCUGGUUAGCAAAUCGACGCAAGUCGAGAUUGUCCCAAACCGCAGCUGUACGCAAACCAGCGAAGGAAAGCGUUCAAGCUUUCCCAUCGGUAUCAGCCACGCAGCCCGCAGGAUGUCGAAUUCCAUCCCCGAUGUGGCCUGCGACUCAUAUUACGCCGUGCAGCGUACGCUACACGGCCCGGAUCCACAACCCGUCCUCGAAACGGCGACAACGGAGUGCGGCUGGCCGCGAACUUUGCGCGACCGCGCCUCCUGGGCCCUCGAGCUCGAGCUAAGCAUGCGUGGAGUCGGCUUCACAUGGACGACGGCCGAUGUGCGGCACACGCGCAGGACUUGGCUGCCUACGGUUAGCAACCGUGUCCACAGCAUCCUCGUACACACCACCCCUGUCCUAUUAGUUACGAUGUCGAAGCUAUUCUCUGCCUUUCAGGGCAUCGGGCGCGCGCUUGUUGAGGCCUACUUGUCACGCCCAAACCAAACCAUUAUCGGCGCCGUCCGCAAUCCUGAAAGCAUCACGCUCAAGAACAUCAAGCCGGCAGAGGGCAGUAAGCUACUAGUCGUCAAGAUCGAAGCUACAUCCGAGACAGACCACGCUGUGGCAGUUGACCAGAUCAAGGCAGCCGGCAUUAAUGCCCUCGACGUCGUUAUAGCUGUGGCCGGUAUCAAUCCAUCUAGUGCUUUUGUGGACGCCAAAGACAUGGACAUAAAUUCCUUGCGUAACAUCUUUGAUGUCAACACACUUUCCUUCGUGAGACUUUUCAAUGCCGUGUACCCGCUGCUCAAAGCAUCAGCCAGCUCUCCAAAAUUGCUCGUCAUCAACUCCAACGCUGGCCAGAUUAUCGAGAUGGAGCCUAGUAUCCCCGUAAAGAUUGGUGCCAUAGGCCUAACUACAUGGGUCAUGAACCCGGAUUUCAUGCAAACGGCUACCGGGAACGCUCAUGCCAAAAUUUGGGGCAUGGAGAAGGCACCCCAUUCAUUAGAGGACAUUAUCCCAGGUCUGAUGGGAAAGAUUGAUGAGGCUACACGGGCUGAGACAUCGGGUAAUUUUUAUAACUUCGAUGGCACGCCCCUAACCUACUGA